GUGCGCACUGGCUGAAAGUGCAGCAGGAAGUCCGGGAUUUUCCCCUUUUCUCUCCCCGUCUCUCUCUCUAGUUUUGGGAUAAAAACAUGAAAUUCAAGGCAUUAAAGACAAACUGACUGACUUUACCACAAACGCACAUGCAGGAAGUUCGCUUUUGGACAGUUUGGGAUAGUCUGCACCUGCCGACCUGCCCGUGUUUCCAGACAAAUACUCUUCUAUUUAUUGUAUUAACUUGCAACAGCUCAAGCCGUCGGGUUUUUCGUACGGUAUGGCUGGCUGUUUUUGUCGUCUGGUCGCUUGCGUCCACAUGGAGGGGUUCGGGAUGGCUGACAAAUAAUUAAAUAAGAACUCGUGUGGAUCCGAGUCACCUUCCGAGUGUGGAUACCGCGGGGAGAUUUCAGUUGCCUCUUACAUGAAACCUCCUUACCUCUUCAUCUUGGGGAUCUAUUUAGGAGUCUGUGCAGCGUUUUAGUUCAGAGCGCAUUUGUGUCUGACUCAACGAUGUGCUCCGGUGGGAAAUACUUUGUGUUUUUGUUCUUGUUUAGAAGUAUCCUGUCGGACCCGGGAACCACAAACCAAGUGGUUCUGUUGGACACUACGACAGUGCUAGGAGAGCUGGACUGGAAGACCUAUCCUGUCAAUGGGUGGGAUGCUAUCACAGAGAUGGAUGAGCAGAACAGAGCCAUUCACACCUUCCAGGUUUGCCACGUAAUGGAGCCAAACCAGAACAACUGGCUACGGUCUGGAUGGAUCCAGCGGCAGGCUGCACAGAAGGUAUAUGUGGAGCUGCGUUUCACACUGAGAGACUGCAACUCCAUUCCUUGGGUGUCUGGCACCUGUAAGGAAACCUUCAACCUCUUUUACCUGCAGACCGAAGAACCGCUCUCUGCAGGGACACGGUUCAGGCCUACUGACUAUGCCAAGGUGGACACCAUAGCAGCAGAUGAGAGUUUUACACAGACAGAUCUUGGAGAUCGGGUUCUCCGCCUCAAUACCGAGGUCAGGGAGGUGGGACCGGUGACACGGAGGGGCUUCUACUUGGCCUUCCAGGAUGUGGGAGCUUGUAUUGCCCUCGUGUCUGUCAAGGUGUUCUACAAACGCUGCCCGUCGACUUUAAGGAACCUGGCAGCAUUUCCUGACACGGUGCCACAUAUGGACUCAUCCUCUCUGGUGGAAGUAAGGGGCGCAUGUGUGGAGAAUGCAGAAGAGAGGGACACACCCAAAUUGUACUGUGGUGCUGAUGGAGACUGGCUGGUACCCCUGGGCCGCUGUGUCUGUAGUAUUGGCCACGAGGAGAUGGAUGGCCGCUGCCGGGCUUGUAAGCCUGGCUUCUUCAAAGCAUAUGCUGGGAACACUGAAUGCUCCAAGUGUCCUCCACAUAGCUCCAGCCAUGACCAGGCCGCCACCAUCUGUCACUGCGACAAAGGCUUCUACAGAGCUAUCAAAGACUCCUCCACCAUGGCUUGUACAAGGCCUCCUUCGGCUCCCAGGAACCUGGUCUCAUUGAUCAAUGACACGGCUCUCUUCUUGCAGUGGAUACCUCCCAGCGACACAGGAGGCAGGAAGGACAUCACAUACAACAUCCUGUGCCAGCGCUGUGAUGGAAGAGACGGUGACAGUGGUGUGACACAGUGUGAGCCAUGUGAGCCAGACCUGCGGUUCAUCCCACGGCCGCUUAGUCUGACUGGUACCUCUGUGGCAAUAUUAGAUUUUGCGACGCACGCUAACUACACCUUCCAUGUAGAGGCGGCAAACGGCGUUUCUGGGCUGGGGGUGUCUGCACGCUCGCUGGCGAAUGUUACCGUCAAUACACACCAAGCUGGUCCUGCUUUGGUGGGUGUAGUCAGGAAAGACUGGUCGUCUCAAAACAGCAUUGCCCUCUCCUGGUCAGAAGUGGAACAGCUGCCCUCAGACAUAGUGGACUACGAAGUUAAAUACUUUGAGAAGGAGCAAGAGCAGCUGAGCUACUCAUCAACGCGGACCAAAACCCCCAGCGUGGUUGUGACGGGCCUCAGACCCUCAACUGUCUAUGUCUUUCAUGUUCGUGUCCGCACUGCUGCUGGCUACACAGCGUACAGCCCCAACUUUGAGUUUUCCACUGCAGCUGAGGAUCCUGAUAUUGCUGAUCAAGGUCAGGUUCUGGUGGUUGUCACAGCGUCUGUAGGAGGCUUCUCCCUGCUGGUCAUCCUCACCCUCUUCCUCCUCAUCACUGGACGGUGUCAGGGGUACAUUAAAGCCAGGAUGAAGUCAGAGGAGAAGAGGAGGACUCGCUACCACGGUGGACAUGUCCCAUUCUCUGGGAUAAAGACCUAUGUGGAUCCAGACACGUAUGAAGACCCCACUCAGGCUGUGGAGGAAUUUGCCAAAGAGAUCGACCCCUCAUACAUAUGCAUCGAGAGGGUGAUUGGUGCAGGUGAAUUUGGAGAAGUCUGUUGUGGUCGGUUGCGCAUACCUGGAAGGAUGGACAUCGCUGCGGCAAUAAAGACAUUUAAAGGCGGCUAUAUGGAACAACAGAGGCGAGACUUCUUACGUGAGGCUUCAAUCAUGGGACAGUUUGACAACCCCAACAUCAUCAGGCUGGAAGGAGUGGUCACUAGGAGCAGACCAGUAAUGAUAGUCGUUGAGUACAUGGAAAAUGGAGCGCUUGAUUCUUUCCUCCGGACACGUGAUGGGCAGUUUACAGUGCUCCAGCUAGUCGGCAUGCUGCGCGGCAUCGUAGUGGGCAUGACCUAUCUUUCAGAUAUGGGUUACGUUCACAGAGACCUAGCUGCUCGCAACAUCUUGGUGGAUGAAAACUUGGUGUGUAAGGUGUCUGAUUUUGGCAUGUCCAGAGUCCUUGAAGAUGACACUGAAGCAGCCUACACUGCGACAGUGAGUGUGGAUCUAACAGUUACUGCAGGAUAUUACAAUCUGACAUAUAUUACAGUGGCUUGUUCUGUGUUAUUGUUUUUGUGUCAGGGAGGAAAGAUACCAAUACGCUGGACAGCACCAGAGGCUAUCGCUUAUGGAAAAUUUUCCACAGUCAGCGAUGUGUGGAGCUACGGCAUUGUCAUGUGGGAAGUGAUGUCAUAUGGUGAGAGGCCCUACUGGGAGAUGUCCAAUCAAGAUGUCAUUUUAUCAAUUGACGAAGGCUACCGUCUACCAGCACCAAUGGGCUGCCCUGUGACACUGCACCAGCUGAUGUUGCACUGCUGGCAGAAGGAGUCUAACCAGCGCCCACGCUUCAACAAUGUGCUCUCUUUUCUGGACAAACUCAUAGUUAAUCCCAGUGGUCUGCUCACUCUGGUGAAUGAUGUGCAGAGUUUCCCUGACUCGCCAGAGGACAUGCCAGACUACCCUCUUUUCAUCUCUAUCGGCGACUGGCUGGACUCCAUCAAAAUGAGCCAGUAUAAGAACAACUUCCUUGCAGCAGGAUACACAACACUGGAUUCCAUUUCAACAAUGAGUAUAGAUGACAUCAGGCGUAUCGGGAUCUGUUUGAUUGGCCACCAGAGGAGAAUCAUAAGCAGCAUACAGUCACUUCGCCUGCAGCUUCACCACAUCCAACAGAGUGGCUUUCAAGUAUGAGACCGUCACACAAAGACAGACUGUGUGUUCUCACUGAGCCGGAAGCAGACCAGACUUCCUUGGCAUCGUCAUUCAAUUAAUCGGACAAACACCAGACUGUUAGGUGUAACAGCUACCACGCGCUGCUCAUGUGGGAGCGGGCCGCUGCUAGACACACAUGUGGUCUAGGUAAUACACACUCAUCAUCUUAUGGAUCAUCGUCACGACAGCCUCCACAACAACCAACCUCUGUCAGUGUUGGCCAAAUGCCGUCUCUUAAUUAUUUCAGCAACUGCUAGCAUUCACUUGAAUUCUGAGAUUCUUUACUCUAGUGUCUAUUCAAGUGUUCACCAAUACCUCUUCUCUUUCCAACUGACAAUCCAAUGGUUUCUAUUGACUUUGAAUGGUCUCAAGUCAGUUACCUCAUGACCAGAGAAGAAGUGGAUAGAAUAGAGGGUAUAUGGUAAUGAAUGGUACAGUAUGCGAUUUCAAUUACAACCUUUCCAGCUGGAUAAUGAAACAAUUCACCAGGAAUAAAGAUUGACAGACUGGUAAAUACAAUCAUGUUUUUUGAACUGAAGACCGCUGAAUGUCAAAGAUUUUGUAGAAAUAUAUGUUCUAUCCUCAUGAUAAUGCAGUAUGUCUUGUACAAAAAGUCUUGUGAAAAUUGUAUGUUUUAUUCAGUAUGUUUGUUCCUUAAUAAACAACCCUAUUUUAAAACUUUAA